UUGACAACACAAAAAAGAAAGGCUGGUUACUUAGAAGGAUAACUUGUGAGGACUCUGACACAGGAGACAUGUUUACCUAUGACCUCAAUGACUGGGUCAUCGUGGAUGAGAAGUCUGACGGCUGGAGGGAAAUUCCUGUCCAUUGGCCAGCCCUCCCCAUUCCUAAAGUGUUGAAGUACCAGGUGAUCACCUACCUUGGAGACGUACACAAAGCGGGUACUGACUCUAAUGUGUUUGUCUGUCUGUACGGCAGCCUAGGCAGCUCCGGAAAACGACUUCUGAAACAUUCCCUGACAAACAAGGACCGCUUCACACAGGACCAGGUGGACCAGUUUGAAAUAGAAGCUGUAGACCUGGGAACCUUACAGAAGGUCGUCAUUGGACACGAUAGUCUGGGAGAAGGAUCAGGCUGGUAUCUGAAGAAGGUGGUUGUGAUGGAUUCCAUUGAUUCUGUGGAUAAAUUUGUCUUCCCUUGUAAUCAUUGGUUGGAUGAGGGAGAAGAAGAUGCUAAGAUAGAGAGGACACUGCUGUUGUCUGAGGAAGUGGUGUUUGAAGAUGACAUGCCCCCCACACCACAAGUAAAAAGUCCCUCCCCUGUAGCGAGGCAGAAAUCGGUGACACCAGCACCCAGAGAGAAGACCAAGACCCCCACCCCUACUCCAAGGCAGAAAACAAAAACUCCCACACCAGUCCCCAGGGAGAAGUCCAAAAGUCCCGAGCCCACACCACAGGAGAAAGCCAAAACUCCCUCCCCACCACCAAAACAGAAGACAAAGAGUCCCUCCCCACCACCAAAACAGAAGACAAAGAGUCCUUCUCCACCUCCACUGGAAUCUCCCUCCCCAACCCUGGUAGUAGCUUCUGAAGAUGUGUCUGAUAAAGUAGAUUCUCCAAAACCUGCUUCACCAGAACAAGAGAAGACGGCCUCACCAGGAGUUGGGGAUGAUAAGCCGGUGUCUCCAAAACCAAGUGAAGAAAAACCAGAGCCACCCUCAAAUGAAGAGGAAAAAGUGAACAAGUCUGACACACCAGAGGACGAGGAACCGACAUCAGAGAUUCCUGAGAAGAUAGACACAGUUAAACCAGAGGACUUGGAAAGUAAACCAGAGACACGGGACGAUAAACCAGACGAGAUGGAGGUUACAGCUGAACAGACAGAUCAACAGACAGCUGAACUGGAGAAAGCAGUAGAAGAGAACAAACCAGCCACACCUGAACCACAAGAGGGCACUGUGAAGGUUUACGUGACAACUAGUGCAGCCCCAGACUGCGGAACCAAUGACCAAGUGACCUUGACCGUGUAUGGAGAUGCAGGGAAUUCUGGUCCCCUCAGCUUAGGGGAACCAAACAAGGGGUAUUUCCAGCCAGGACAGACGGAUGAAUUCUUAGUCAAUUUUGACACAGAAGAACUGGGAGGAAUCCGUAAAAUCCGGAUUGAGCACGAUAAUCCGCACACACAGUCUGGAUGGGGUCUGGAUAAGGUUAUUCUGCACAACCUAAAGUCUGAUGAGAGAUACGAGUUCCAUGUCGGUAAACUUCUGUCCUUCUCUGGUGAAUACGGCGACAUCGCAGUGGAGGUGCCAGCUGAGAAUGACUCCCACGACUUCUGGCCAGUGCGCCAUUAUGUGGUUGCCGUGGAGACAGGAACAGAGGAGAAUUCUGGGACAGACGCCACAGUUCACAUCACACUAUUUGGGACUCUGGGGGACACGGGCAGGCGCUACCUAAUCAACAACAAAGAACAAAACAAGAAAUUCAGGACGGGAAAAGUCGACACAUUCAUUGUUGAAGCUGUUGAUCUAGGACGCCUGGAAAACAUUAUAAUAGGGCAUGAUGGGAAGGGUUCGGAAGGGGCAUGGUUCCUGGAGAAAGUGUCUGUAAAAGAGGGAGUUGAUGCCAAACACAAAUAUAUCUUCACAUGUAACAGCUGGUUACAGGAUGAAGAGGACUACGGUAUUGUGGAGGUCGAGCUUUACAUGGACAGGAUGGAGAAGGAGAACUCUAACUUACAGAAACAAAACCUGAAUACUGUUGAUGGGGAGGAAUCCAAGGCAGAUGGCGGGGAAGAAUCAAAGGGGGAAGGAGGGGAAGAAUCCAAGGGGGAAGGAGGGGAACAGGGGAAGGGGGAGGGGACUAAUGAGGACAUGAGGAGUAUAGAGGGUGGGGGAAUAAAAGAGGAUGAAGUGACUGAUACAAAAAAGGAUGAGGAGAUAAAGGAUUCUGCUACAGAGAGUAGACAGGAUGAGGGAGUGACUGAGGAUACAAAUAAGACUGAGGACCAGAAAAUCAUCAAUGAGGACAAUAAAUCUGGAGUUGAGGACAAAACCAAAAGUGAAAAUAAGAAUAGUGUCCCUGAGGACCAUGAUGUAGAUGUUAAUAAAAAUGAAAGUAAGGAAAAAACAGAAAGUGAAAGUAAGAAUAGUGUCCCUGAGGACCAUGAUGUAGAUGUUAAUAAAAAUCAAAGUGAGGACAAAACAGAAAGUGGAAAUCAGAAUAAAAUCAAUGAGGAUGAUAUAGACAAUGAUAAAAUAAAUGAGGACAUGAGUAAAACCAGAAAUGGGGACCAGAGAGAAGUUACUGAGGAUAUCAAUGUAGACAGUAAAACAGAAAGUGAGGACAAACAGAAAACUGAAAGUGAGGACACAAAGAAAACAGAAAGUGAGGACACAAAGAAAACUGAAAGUGAGGACAAAAACAAAACUGAAAGUGAGGACCAGAAUAAAGCUACUGAGGACAAAAAUUGAGACAAAGAAGAAGGAUAUGAUCUGUUUCUACAGUAGCAUAUUAUCCUCUGGUUUUAUGUAUGCACUUCACUAUGCAAUCCUUUGUUCUAUGUCACAAUACUUAGCAAACACUCUAGUGCCAAAUGAUAUUUCUGUCAUGUCCGUUACAACAGAGUUUCAUCCUUCCAGAGAUGUAGCCUUGCCAUAGUUAUUUACCAUUAAAUUUUAUUUUUUUUUUACUUCAUGAGUAACAGUUUUGUAUAUCAGUAUCUUGCUGUGAUAAUCAAAAUGUCUGUGAUAAAAGGGUCUGUAUUCUGAUUUAUAUUUUUAUACAAUAAUUUUUAUUAAAAUUUGACCACCGAUCUACUUAUAGUAUUUUUGUCAUCAAUCUCAUUUUCUUUCCUGUGUAUAAUUAUAUGUCAUUUUAUGUUUUAAUAUUGUAUGCUAAGUAUAUCACAUUAAUUUAUAUUUAUAAACUUUGAUUAUCUGGUAGUAGCUAAUAAUU